GAGUCCAUAACCCGACCCGAUAUAAAUGGGUUUUCAUCUUUCUUUUUUCCCUGCAAUAAAAAGCGAAGCUGAAACUCUCAAAACCCUAGUUCAAGCUACAGCAGGAAAAUGGCUCCGAAGCAGCCAAGCACUGGUCUUUUCGUUGGAUUGAACAAGGGUCAUAUUGUUACCAAGAAGGAGUUGGCUCCACGACCCUCCAGUCGUAAAGGGAAAACAAGCAAGCGUGUGCACUUUGUAAGGAACCUAAUCCGCGAGGUUGCUGGCUUUGCACCUUAUGAAAAGCGCAUCACUGAAUUGCUGAAGGUUGGAAAGGAUAAGAGGGCACUGAAAGUUGCCAAGAGAAAGCUUGGAACCCACAAGCGUGCAAAGAAGAAGCGUGAGGAGAUGUCCAACGUUCUCCGCAAGAUGAGGGCUGGUGGAGCAGGUGACAAGAAGAAAUAAGUAAUUUUAUUUUGGAAGACAAGUUUUGUUUUGGUUAAAUUAUGUAGUGUGAUUUUACUUCUAGAGAUAUCUUGUUUUGACUAUAUGAUUUAUGGAAAGUGCUGUUGGAUUAAUCUCUGUUCUAAUAUAAAAUAGGAAAAUCUUUUUCAUUUGAA